AAAAAAUAAAAAACUACUUACGACUGCUGUGUUUAAUAGCAAGCAGAAGCAGAUAAAGGGUGAAGGGGGAUUAGGGUUUCAUCCAAAAUCCCAGCUAAUCAAUGGCGAAUCGAACGGACCCAGCGGCGAAGAGCAUAAGGGGGACGAACCCACAGAACCUUGUGGAGAAGAUUCUCCGCUCCAAAAUUUACCAGAACACCUACUGGAAGGAGCAAUGCUUUGGCCUCACGGCGGAGACCCUCGUCGACAAGGCCAUGGAGCUCGAUCACCUCGGCGGCACCUACGGCGGCAACCGCAAGCCCACCCCCUUCAUGUGCCUUGUCAUGAAGAUGCUCCAGAUCCAGCCCGAGAAGGAAAUCGUUAUCGAGUUCAUUAAGAACGAGGAUUACAAGUAUGUUAGAGUGCUUGGUGCCUUUUAUUUGCGUCUUACUGGUACUGAUGUUGACGUGUACCGCUAUCUGGAGCCCCUUUACAAUGACUACCGGAAACUGAGGCGCAAGUUAGCUGAUGGACAGUUUACAUUGACACAUGUUGAUGAAGUCAUUGAUGAGCUUCUUACAAAAGAUUAUUCCUGUGAUAUUGCUUUGCCACGCGUCAAGAGAAGGUGGAAUCUUGAGUCUCUUGGUUCAUUAGAACCUAGACGCAGUGCACUUGAGGAAGAUUUUGAGGAGGAAGAAGAGAAAGAGGAUAACGACCAACCUGCUGAUGAGCUUGAAGAUAGGGCCUAUGAAAAGGUGAAUCCUUCCCAAAAUAGGGAUCGUGACUAUGAUAGAGAUUAUGACAGAGAUUACGAUAGAGAUUACGAGAGAGAGCGCGGACGUGGCCGAGACAGAGACAGAGACCGAGAUAGGGACAGAGAUAGGGAGAGGGAUAGAGACAGAUAUCGUCUAAGGGAAGAAAAAGAUUAUGGUCGUGAGAGAGAAGGUAGGGAGCGGGAUAGGAGAGACAGAGAUCGUGACCGUGGAAGGCGAAGGAGUCGUUCAAGAAGUCGAAGUAGGAGUAAGGAUCGCAAGGACUAUGAUGGUGGUGACUACAGAAAGAGACAUGCUCGGAGCAGCGCGAGUCCUCGGAGGCAUGGAGAUGGACAUGAGGAUGAUGAGCCUAAGAAAAAGAAGGAGAAAAAAGAAAAGAAGGAAAAGAAGGAUGAUGGGACUGACCACCCUGAUCCUGAGAUUGCAGAAGCUAACAAGCUACGUGCAGCCCUGGGUUUGAAACCUCUGAAGGUCUAAAGCUUUGCUUUGAAUUUGAUAUGCGGAUGUGUGGUUUAAAACCAGUGAAGAUCCAUAGGGGGGAAAAGUUGCUUACUGUAUUUUACCUUGUAAUUUGUGGGGCAUGUAUGUGGCACUCAACACUACUUUUGCUGUUUUCUUGCUGAGUGGCAGUUAUCAAGUUCACAAGAAGAGUUUGCGACAUGUGUAUAUGUUUCUUGGCUCGAGCUUGGUGGUCCAUAGUCUCUUUGAUAGGACAAACGUCUGUAAUGUAAUUGGCACGAAAGCUGUUCAAAUAUUUGUGGGUUUGAUUGCCUUUAUUUGAUGAGACAUUUUGUGCCUGUGGAAUGAAAUUUAACCUACAAGAACCUCCAACAGCCUUAACUUUGGGGUAUAUAAUCUCAACUCUAUCAUAUUCAUUUCACUGAA